AUGGGAAAACUAAUAACUAAGAUCCCUGAUACAAAACAAAGAUCAAUCGAUUCCUUCUUCUUUAAGAUGUCUUCUAAAGAAAGUACUCCGAAACCAGAAGUCAAGGAAGUUUCUGAGGAAAUUACCAAAGAAGAAGAAAUAGUACCAUCAUCACCAAUCGCAUCUCCAUCUGAAGCUUCGCAUUCGGAUGUACAUCCUGUUGUACCAAGUGAUAAUUUCCCAACACAUCCUAUUCAUAAAUUGAAAAGAACAAUAUCUGCCCCUCAUUGGCUUCAACAAGAACAAGCAAUGAGAAUUGCACAUUUUCAGAUUGAAGUCAAUGAGCGUCAAUAUUUAACCGGACAUUUGGCAUCAACAGAACCAUUAAUCAUCAAAAAGUCUAUCGACACAAAUAAUCUCUCAAAUUCAGACAUGCAAACUCUUCAUAACUACAAAGUUGAAUUAGAGGAAAAUGUUAUUCCUACAUUUUGGCCAUCACGAGCUUGGGAUGGUGAUUAUAUCCAGCUAUCUCGCAAGGAAAGUCAAGCAUUGCAACAAAAGAUUGACGAUGUUAUUAACUCUAAAGUUGAUUUUACGAAACCGCAGACAGAAAAAGAGAAAGUUAAAAAAAUUGACAUUCAACAAACAAAAGAGGUAAGCAAGCCGAUACCACACCCACAAACAGUUAUACUAAGUAAAACAAUCAAUGAAGCCAUUGAAUCGAAAAAAGAGCCACUGAAAACCCAAAUAAAUAUUCCAGUGAAGAAUACGAUUUAUACUGACCACGUAAUGGGAUUUUCUGAUUCCAGCGAUUUUUCAUUGUCUUAUUCGGAUUCUGAGGAUGAAAGAGAUUUAAUUAUCGAAAAGUCAGAAUCCGAGUCUAUUAUUGAACCGCCAAUCAGCAAAAAUAUAAGGGAUAGAACAAAGAACCCUGUAAUUUACUUCUCAACAAAGUAUUUCAAUACUGAUGAUGAAGAUGAUUUAACAGAUUGGGAAGCUGUAUAA